GUUUGAAACCCCUCUCGCUCGGUGGUUUUUCCCCCUGGCGUUGCGUGUAAACUGUCAAAAAGGAGGAGAGGGGAAGGAGAGAAAAAAAAAAGGGAGCGGGCGUCGCCGCUCUUCGCCGGAAAUGGCCAUCGCCUCCGGCGAACCGCCGGUGUACGGGCUGUAGUACGCUGAGGUUGGAGCGGUGGUUGUUUUAGGCCGUUGGCGUGUUGGUGCGGGUGGUUCUGGGUUGGUUGCUUGGGCGAGAUGUUGUGGUUGUAGUGGCUGCGCUUCAUGCGAUCGAUGCCGUUCCAGCUGAAGAACGGUCACCACCACCACCACCACCACGGUGCCGUCAUGGAAGGGAAGCCGCCGCCGCCGCAGUCUGCAACGCCUAGGGUGUCGAUGUUCCGGAGGCUGCUCGUGAGGGUGUCCGCCUCGGAGAAGUUUGUCGCGGAUGGCAAGGAGAGGGACAAGGACGAGAAGCCGCCGCCCGCCGCCGGCGAGGCGGACGCCGCGGGGUCCGUCGGGCUGGACCGCAUGGUGCUCAGCUUCAUGGAGGAGGCCGCCACAGUCGAGCGGCCGCCGCGGGGGCGCUGCAACUGCUUCAACGGCAGCAACCACGAGGAGAGCGACGACGAGGAGUUCGACUUCCUCCCCUCCGAGCACGCCUCCGCGCCGGUCGCCGCCGGCGCAGGCGACGCCUUGGAGGCUCUCAAGGGCCUGGUGCAGAGCGCGAGCGUUGCGGAACGGAAUCUUCUCGCGGACGCGUCUAGGAUCGCGGACAAGUGCGGCAAGAGCUGCAAGGGCAAGGCGGAGUGCCGCCGCGCGGUGGCCGACGGCCUCAGGGCCCUCGGCUACGACGCCUCCGUGUGCAAGUCGCGGUGGGAGAAGACCCCCUCCUACCCCGCAGGGGAGCACGAGUACAUCGACGCCGUGGUGGGGAAGGAGGAGGUGAGGCUGAUCGUGGAGGUGGACUUCCGGUCGCAGUUCGAACUGGCGCGGUCGACCAAGGCGUACCGCGCGGCGCUCCAGGCGCUGCCGCCGCUGUUCGUGGGGACCCCGGACCGGCUUGGCCAGAUCGUGGUCGUCGUGGCAGAGGCGGCGCGGCAGAGCCUCAAGAAGAAGGGGCUGCACUUCCCCCCGUGGCGCAAGCCGGAGUACAUGCGCGCCAAGUGGCUCUCCCCGCAUGUCCGCUGCGGCGGCGACAAGGCCGUCGUUCCCGGCCCGGCCGCGGCCGCGGUGCCCUUGUCGGCGGCGACGCCGGUCCAAGCGGCGAGCUUUUCCGGCGAGUUCGAGCUGGUGUUCGACAGGAAGCCAAAUAACGCCGCCGCCGCCGGCGUCGGCGAGAAGAUCACGGUGGUGGUUUCGCCGUGGCGCCCAACGGAGGAGGCGAGCAAGAAGCAGCAGCUGCCCAAGGCGAAGGUCGUCACGGGGCUCGCCGCCGUCCUCUGAGCGUGGCGUGGUGAACAGAGAAUAACUAGUACCGCUAGCUAGCUAGUAGCCGCUCAACUACUACUACUCCACCCCCCCUUUUUUUCCUCCUCUUUUUCGUUUCUUUUUUCGCCGCGCCUCUCGAUCCAUUUGGGGAUCUAGUUUUUGGUGUUUUGGUGUUUUCCGGGGUUUUUUUCGGAAAAGAGAAAAAACACUUGCCUUCUAUUUUGCGCUCGUCUUUACUAGAAUCUCCCCCUUCCCUUUCCUUUUUGACCCUUGUAAUUUUUGGUCUUGGCGUCUUGAGUUCUGCCUAGUAGUAUGUAGCACAGCAGUAGGAAAGUGGUCAGGUCAGAUGAGGUUGCUUGCUUGUGGCAUGCCUCAUGAUCACCAGCUUGCCUACUUGUACGAGCAAUCACGCCUCUCCUAUUACUAGCACUCCUUGUUAUUGGUAUGGAAGAGAUGAACCAUGAGUACCUCUUGUUACUGCCAUGGAAGAGAAUCAGAUAUGCACAAUGAGUGUAUUGCCAGUA